UUCCGUUUGAUCACGCUAUCGCCAGGCCGAUGGGGCGAUGAAAUCCGUUGCACGCUCAAGGCUUACGACAGAAUUGACAACUGUUAUCCUCCAUACAAGGCCUUGUCAUAUGUCUGGGGGCGUUGGAGACGACGAAGCCCCCCAGAAAUCCUGGUCAAUGACAACAAAGUUGAAGUGACGACGAAUCUUGAAAUCGCCCUGAAACAUUUGCGAGAGCAAAAUGAAGAAACUGUUUUCUGGAUUGAUGCACUGUGCAUUGACCAAAGCAACAUCGCGGAGCGGUCAUCGCAGGUUGCUCAGAUGCGCGAGAUCUACAGCGGAGCGAGCGAAGUAAUUAUAUUUCUCGGACAUGGGUUGGAACACAGCGUACUC